AUGACCUCGCCGCGAACGAAUCUCGGACCGCUCACGACCGAGUUUACAUACCCAGCGAGCUGCACCGUUGUCGUCCAAGCAUGCGAGAACUGUGGGUUUGGCUGGCAGGCUCAGACGUGUAGCGACAACAUCCUCAACGACCAAGGCGUGCAGGACAACGCAAACUGCUGGCCGGACCGCACUAACUCAUCAGUAUAUACAGAAGCGGCGCUGUACGGUUGGGGCUUCUACUCGCCGGGAAUCUCAUGUCCCGCGGGUUAUGCUACGGGAUGUGUCGCCACGGGAAGUGCAAAGGGGGGCUUUCCAUUCCAGUUCUCAGUGCUAAAGCAUGAAACAGUCGUUGGAUGUUGCCCGACGGGUUUCCAAUGCAAAUACAAUCCGGGAUAUGACCCAGCCCAGACUUGCUAUAGCGUUGCAACCACUGGAUCCUUCGCAACAGUUCAGUGCAGUGCGGGCAAGAGCAACGGGUUCAGCUAUCUCGAACUGCCUAUGACCUAUACGGAGACAUUCUCUAGCGAAGUGGCAACCUCAACUCUCCGCGCCGUAACAAUCUUCGCACCACUAUUCCAGCUCAAUUUCCAAUCGACCGACAUCACCACGAGAUCCACGCCGACUUCGGAUACAGCCAGCGGGCUCUCGGCGCAGACAGUUGCAGCUAGCACUUCUGCCACUUCGCACGCGGAUGGCGAAUCGUUCACAAAUAGCGGGUUGUCGAUAGGUGCCAAGGCCGGAAUCGGUGCGGCAGCAGGUGUUGUCUUCGUCGCCAUCAUCGCAGCAGCGGUGUUCCUUUUUCUCAGGAAACGAAGGACAAUCCGCACUCCUCUCCCCGAACCGCCAAAGGACGAGCUAUCGCCGGAUAUUAUUUCGCCUGUCGAGCUCUACGAUCAUGCGAACCCACAUACACUCAGGCCUGAGCUGCCGUAA